AUGCUACUGCCUGUAUACGGCAGUCGGAGCAGAUCUUCGUUUGCCAUGGCGGCACUAAAAGAGGUUGUGCCCUCUAAACAGCGGCUGCCCCACUGGGUUGUCGAUACCAUCUCACAUGCCUAUGGGGCCAGUGGCCGCCGCCUGCCAUCAGGGCUGAGAUGCCACUCUACAAGGAGCAUCUCAACAUCUUGGGCUGCCCUGAGAGGGGUGCCCCUGGAGACCAUCUGCACCGCGGCGUCGUGGGCGUCUUCUGACGGUCCCUGCGCGGCGGAGGAGGAUCCGAACGGGAAUGAGCACGGGGCGGCUGCACGCAGCGCGGAGCCUCGCUGGGGACCGCAGCUAGCGAGGCUCUACUCUCCCGGUGAGGACAUUGCCACAGAAUAAAAAUGUGUGAUUCUGUGCCUCCUGCUUUUCUUCAUCAACUUCUCCUUCCUCCUCUUGCACUUCUCCACCGUUCACAUCUACAAGAUCAUCCUCGGCAUCGUCCUGGGAAUAGUGACGGCAGACUUUGCGUCAGGGAUGGUACACUGGGGGGCGGACACCUGGGGAUCUGUGGACAUCCCUUUUAUUGGCAAGGCAUUUAUUCGCCCGUUCAGGGAGCACCACAUUGACCCAACCGCCAUCACUCGCCAUGACUUCAUUGAGACCAACGGCGACAACUGUAUGAUCCCCAUCCUACCACUGGCUAACAUGGCCUACAAGUUCCUCACAUACACACCAGAAUCCUUGGCAGCGUCUUAUCCCUGGGAUUGCUACGUCUUUGCACUGGCAGUUUUCGUGAGACUGACCAAUCAGAUUCAUAAGUGGAGCCAUUCGUACUUCGGCCUCCCGUGCUGGGUCACGUUGCUCCAGGACUGGCAUUUAGUUUUGCCACGGAAACAUCCCUGCAUCCACCACGUCUCACCACACGAGACAUACUACUGCAUUACGACGGGUUGGUGCAACUUUCCACUGGACCAGCUGGGCUUUUGGAGACGGAUGGAGCAACUGAUCAGAGGACUCACAGGCCACAGACCGAGAUCAGAUGAUCUGGCGUGGGCCCAGAAGACCGACAGAUAAAGACGGGGAUGGAGGUGUACGAAGAGGAUCAGUAGAGAGGAAAGCUUGAUUGAUUGCAAGCUAAUAACCAGAGUUGAGCCUCAG